AUGAAGGUAGAGAAAAUGUGUCAGACUUCGCAGGUUCAACCUCUGAAGUUGAAUGAACUAAAACUCGCGCUUUACAAAGGCGACUUUACUUUGGUGGCAUAUUACCUUUCGGCCCCAGCACCCACCACACUCUGCACUCAACGCCUCUCAUCUACUUCGAUUUCCAAACAUUUCCCCAGCGAAAUCCAUUGCAAAUCGUUCAAACUUUCUCUUCAAAGCCCGACCCAGUCCAUUCCAUUUAGGGAUUUCUCUUCUGCAGCCAAACCAACAUCUGUGCCGGAUUUUGGCUUGGGGGAUCAUUCUGAUGAAGUUAUUGAAGGAUGGCAGUCUUGUGAGGAUACAUAUUCAGGGUGUAAGUCAGAGACAUCUCUACAUAUUGGAAGAAGGAAGAAAGAGGAAACUAUGGAAUUGGGCAAUUCUGCGGCAUAUUCACUUGGAAAUCACUCUGGGUUUGGGGCGGAGGAUGAGUUUAACAGGGGUAUAUGCAACGAUGUGUUCGAGAUAUUUUAGUUGAACCAGCAGAGUUCAGCAGAUGGAAUCAGGAAGCUCUAUGGGGAAUGUACCUGGAUUUUCUAUAGAUCAUAGCCCGUUGGUUUUGGACACAGCUUGAAGUUAUUUGAAUUCGAGGUCACAAAUUCAUUUUGAAGCUGCUUGGCUGCAUAGCCCAGACUCACAAACAAUCAUUGCGCAAAGCUUGCCAGGUUGAAUUUGCGGGUUCGCAUAUGUUCUCUCUCAUGCGUAAACAGGAGGUGAUGUUGGGACGCCUUCAAAAUUGGAGUAAAUUGACUGAUGGAUGUAUGCAAAGCCAGAUUGACCAUCUUCAAUGGGCUCUUAGCGAUGUGCAGAACAAUUUGAGAAGAUCGAGAGAGUUUGACAGA